GCAUCGUUGUAACUCAGAUCAAAACUAUGGUGGGUCCCAUUCUUCGUUCUCUCUGGUCUUCUACCAGAAAAUCCUUCACCCCUUCUUCCCCUCCUUUAUCGCACUCGCGCUUCUUGUCACGCGCCUUCGCUGCCGCUCCCGCCGUCGACCCCGCCGCCACAACCAGCGCCUCCUCCAUCGACCCCAGCCGCCUCCGCAACGUGGCCGUGAUCGCCCAUGUAGACCACGGCAAGACAACGCUUAUGGACCGCCUCCUCCGCCAGUGCGGCGCCGACAUCCCCCACGAGCGCGCCAUGGACUCCAUCUCGCUGGAGCGCGAGCGCGGCAUCACCAUUGCCUCUAAGGUUACGUCUGUUACGUGGAAGGAGAACGAGCUGAACAUGGUUGAUACUCCCGGGCACGCUGAUUUUGGUGGAGAGGUUGAGCGUGUUGUUGGGAUGGUGGAGGGAGCAAUUUUAGUUGUUGAUGCUGGUGAAGGUCCACUUGCACAAACGAAGUUUGUUUUGGCAAAGGCCUUGAAGUAUGGGUUGCGACCUGUUCUUCUUUUAAACAAAGUAGACCGUCCUUCAGUUACUGAAGAGACAUGUAAUGAAGUUGAGAGCCUGGUGUUUGAUCUAUUUGCCAACCUGGGUGCUACAGAGGAACAACUAGACUUUCCUGUUCUUUAUGCUUCUGCUAAAGAAGGAUGGGCGUCCACCACGUUUACCAAGGAUCCUCCUGCAGAGACCAAAAAUAUGUCACAGUUGCUUGAUGCAGUUGUAACACAUGUCCCACCACCAAAUGCAAACACUGAUGCGCCUUUCCAAAUAUGUCUUCAAUAUGGAUACGCUGGAUUCAUGAGCAUGUCGGUGGAUCACAGACUAUUGUGGACAUUACAAAGGGUUUCAAUGAUGGAACCUGAUUUCUAUCUUGGGCGAAUUUUGACUGGACGCAUAUCAUCUGGGGUUGUUCGUGUUGGUGACCGGGUUCAUGGGCUACGGAAUAAAGAUUCUGGUGCUGAAAAGAUUGAAGAUGGAAAGGUGCUGAAACUGAUGAAAAAGAAGGGUAUAAACAUGGUUCUAACUGAUUGUGCUGGAGCUGGUGAUAUAAUAUCAAUUGCUGGCCUGUCCAGUCCAUCAAUAGGCCAUACAGUGGCAACUGUGGAGAUUAUGUCUGCUUUGCCAACAGUUGAAUUGGACCCUCCAACAAUUUCUAUGACUUUCGGUGUGAAUGACUCCCCAUUGGCUGGUCGUGAUGGCACUCAUUUGACUGGGGGGAAAAUUGGUGAUCGACUAAUGGCUGAAGCUGAAACCAACCUUGCCAUUAAUGUGCUUCCUGGCUUAUCAGAAUCGUUUGAAGUUCAGGGAAGAGGAGAGCUACAGCUAGGUAUUUUGAUUGAGAACAUGAGACGUGAAGGAUUUGAGUUAUCUGUCUCUCCACCUAAAGUCAUGUAUAAAACUGAAAGUGGUCAAAAGCUUGAGCCCGUAGAAGAAGUUACAAUUGAGGUAAAUGAUGAGCAUGUUGGCUUGGUAAUGAAGGCCUUAUCUCAUAGACGAGCUGAGGUUACUGACAUGGGUCCUGUCCCUGGAACUGUUGGUCGAACUAGAUUGUCUUUGACUUGUCCAUCAAGGGGUCUGGUUGGGUACAGGAGUGUGUUCAGCAGUGACACACGUGGAACUGGAUUCAUGCAUCGUGCUUUCUAUGCAUAUGAACAAUUUCGAGGCCCUCUUGGCAAUGUCAGGAAAGGAGUACUGGUGUCCGUGGGUUUUGGUGCUAUCACAGCUUAUGCAUUGCUGACCUUAGAAGCUCGAGGCACUCUUUUUGUAAAUCCUGGAAUGGAGACGUAUGAUGGAAUGAUUGUUGGAGAGCAUUCACGGGAUACAGAUCUUGAUGUGAAUCCAGCAAACGCAAAAAAACUUAACAAUAUCCGUACUGCUAACAAAGAUGACACCGUUAGGCUAACUCCCCCUCGCCUGAUGACACUUGAAGAAGCUAUAGGUUAUGUAGCUUCCGAUGAGCUUAUUGAGGUUACACCAAAAGCCAUUCGUUUACGCAAGAAAUACCUUGAUGUUAACAAGCGGAAAGUUAUGAGUAGAAGGCCAAAGGAGUGAAGAGACGACAUAAAGUAGAAGGGCAGAGGAAUGAAGAGUUUAUCCUCGAUUAAAUUUUGUAAAAUUCAGUGUACGAUAUAGUUUUUACAAGCAAUUUUUUUCUUACCAGGUUCUUGCAUAAUUAAAGUAUUGAUUGUAUUACAGAUUACGCAGAAAGAAAUAUUUUUAGUUGAAAAUGAGACUUAUUAUUA